AUGUCAAUAUCACGAGUUGGUGACCGAAAUCCCGGCGUCUAAAAUCAAUAGAACCGAACCGAUUGUGACGUAACAGAUCUUGUGACUCCGGUUCUUUGAAUAAAACACCUGUGUUUUUGCUGUAUGUCUGUCUGUCAGUAUCGGAUAUUAGCCAGAAUGUCUACUGAAAAAGAAACACUACAACGGCGUAGCCAGCCGGUACCAGGGGAACAACAAGCCCCACCAGCCCAGCCCCCAUCGGGCUUCACACCCAACCCACAGGGCGCUAAUCCAAACAGGCACCUGCCGCCACCAUUACACGGGGCUAACCUUCCAUCACAACCACAGAAUCUACCACAAGGUGGCUAUCAACAACAGCCGCAAUAUAUAUACCCACAAGUACCACAAUACGUUUUGCCCCAGAACCCUUUGUUGUCACAGCAACCACCUACGGGAUACAUUCGUUACAAUCUUAACCACCCAGUUAUGUUUUGUCCGACGCCAGCUCCAAAGAAAUCCAUUUUAGAGGCGUAUCUGCUACUGAUUGUGCUAGGCUUGUUCGGAGGACACCAUUUCUACCUUAGACGUCCUGUAUGGGGUAUUUUGUACUUUUUCUCCUUCGGAUUACUUGGCGCAGGAUGGCUGAUUGAUAUUUUUAGACUUCCGGUUUUGGUGUCACGAUGUAAUAACGACGCUUCACAACAAAACCCAAACCUAGCUAAGAAAAAGCAUUUAGAUGACGCAUAUGUGCUCUGGUUUCCAGGCGGUUUUCUAGGUCUACAUCAUUUCUACUUGAAUAACAUUGGCCUCGGAGUUCUGUAUUUGUUCACUUUCGGACUCUUCGGUGUUGGUUGGUUAAUUGAUGCCUGUCUGAUGCCAUACCAUGUUAAGAAAGCCAACUCAAACAUUCCAGAUUGCAUUGAGAAAAGCGCAGCCGCGACUUGCAUCCUAGCUGUUUCUCCUGCGGGACUUCUCGGGGCUCAUCAUUACUAUUUAAAUAGAAUCGGGUUCGGGCUUCUCUAUACUUUUACUUUUGGUAUUUUCGGUGUUGGUUACAUUGUUGAUUGGUGUCGUUUCCCAAUCUUGCUUAAGCGCUAUAACAAAAGUAAAGAAAUUGGUCAUACUUCUCACAAACACCUCGAUGACGCCUAUCUCCUUUGGUUUCCACUCGGAUUUCUCGGGUUUCAUCAUUUCUACCUGAACAGACCUGUUUGGGGGCUUCUGUACAUGUUUACCUUCGGUUUGCUCGGCAUUGGGUGGCUGAUUGAUUUAUGCCGGAUGUGGAAGUUGGUAGAAAAUUGUAACAAAGAAAUCGAUGAAAGAGUGCAUCUUACCCGGAAUAAUCGGAGUGUAGCUAAUCCCAACUAUAUUCAAGGACAGUAUUAUGGCAACAUGCCGACAACAACUGUUGGCGGUCAUGUGCCGGUCAGCUACGGUCAGUUUGGUCCCUGUCCACCGGGAUAUUCCAACCCACAUCCGGGGAUUUAUCCAACACAACAAAACGGAUAUGGUGCAGUUCCUGGAAUGAAUGACCAACCCCCUCCAUACGAGGCCGCGUCAAUUCCUACCAAAGGUCACUAGUUCAAAGGUCAAAGUCGCGAUAUAAUGGCCUUUAUGCAAUCGACGUCACUAGCGUCCAAAGUUUGUUUUGGAAUUUGUUACAGGUGUAUUUGAUAUUUCUAGGAUUAAGAAAGUGUCUGAACUUUCUAGUGUGGGAACUUUGUAUAAUGCAUACAUCAGAUGUUAUUUAUAGCUAUAUCCGAUGUUGAAACUCAUUUUAUCAUCAUUUAAAGUUAUGAUUGACGGACCUGUUGUAUAAUAGCAUGGAUUGUUCAAAUUGCUACAAAUAUGUCUGAGCUAGAAGAUAAAUAUAGCAUAGGCUUACUUAAAAAAAAAACCUGUUUUAGAAUAAAUUGAUGUUUUAAAAUAGUUUUAAUGCAAAUAUUUUUUAUAUAUUAAAGUAAAGUUUUUUAGUACAAUAACGAUUAUAUAGCCUAUCUGUAUGUUACAUGUACGUUUCGCUUGAGCAAUAAAAGCGGUUUGUUGU